UACUUUUACUGGUCAGGAAGCUGCACCAUAACUCUUUAUGGGAGAGCUUUGUGCGGUGCAAGCGGAGGCCGGGGUGCAUCUUUGCAUCUUCGCCGGGGGCAUCAGGGAGACGGUGGCCGCAUGCCACCCCGGGAUUUGAUCGUUUCUUGUCUCUUGCAUAUCUGGAACAGUCCUCUUCAUCGGCGCCUGUGCGACGUCGACUGCAUUCGUGCGAACACUGCUUCUAUGUAACACAUGAUAAGUCAACUAUGGCCAGACACCUUCGGAUACACGUAGGCAAACACCCCUUCCAGUGCCACAUGUGCCCUAGUUCAUUCGCUGAAGACUCCAAGCUAGAGGCUCACAUGCGCACUCACUCUGGAAAGUGUCCCCUUUCCUGUGUUCACGACAGUCAAUCCUGCACACGGAACAAUGCCGUCGAUGUCCUCGUGCGCAUUGGCUCUGGGAAGCGCCCAUUUUCCUGCGUCCACUGCAAUGCAUCCUUCGUGCAGAAAAAGAGCCUCGUGAAACACAUCCUCACCCACCACAAAGGAGAGCGUUCCUUUCCUUGUAUCCAAUGCAAUGCAUCGUUUGUGAUGGAAACCGACUUCGUGGAACACAAGCGCAUUCACACAGAAGAACGUCAAUUUUCCUGUGUCCACUGCGAUGCAUCCUUUAAGCGUAAAAGUACUUUAUUCAGACACGUCCGCCUCCACACAGGGGAGCGUUGCUUUUCCUGUGCGCAAUGCAGUGCGUCGUUUGUGACUAGAUACGAUCUCAAUCAGCACAUGGUAUCUCACACGAGCGAGCGUCCCUUCUCCUGCAUUCACUGCAAUGCAUCCUUUAAACAGAAAAAGAAUCUUUCGAAACACGUUCGCAAGCACACAGGACAGGGCUGUUUUUCCUGUGUCCACUGCAGUGCGCGCUUUGUGACUAAGUAUUACCUCACUGAGCAUACCCGGAUUCACACAGGAGAGCGUCCCUACUCCUGUGUUCAAUGCAAUUCAUCCUUUAUACGGAAACCGGACUUAUUGUCGCACAUGCGCACUCACACAGGAGAGCGUCCCUUCUCCUGUGUUCACUGCAACGCGUCCUUUCCGUUCAAACAGAGCCUCGUGCUGCACAUCCGCACUCACACAGGAGAGCGUCCCUACUCCUGUGUUUACUGCAAACGAACCUUUUCACGAAGGAACAACUUCAUGGCCCACAUUUCCCGCAUGCAUAAAAUCCAAAAGCUACAAUUGUGAGGAGCCUAUAGGCUUCGAAGAGGAAGUGUGGCCGAGAGAGCACCGUUUAUUGAAUAAAAGUCAAGAGUGAGAAUUGGUUGUUUGAGCAGUGUUGUAGGUGUUGCCGAAUACUGUAUAAUUUCGUAUAGUCUGGUCGUUGGGUCUUGUCAAGCUGAUUGUGUUGCUUUUAACUCAACGGAACCAUCCAGCAUGUAUUAACUGGAAAAAUAGAAAUUGAACUGAAUUAAAAAGGUAACUGAAUGCAUUACUCGUUACUCCAACAAAAAAGAAUGUCACUGCCCUAUGUUACCUCUUCAAAAGGUAGCACAUUGGUGUUACAUUUAUUGAAAAAAGUAAUGGCCCAGUACUUCAGCUGUUACUCUGAGGUAAAAAAUAUUUAAUCUCCACAUUAUGGCAGCAGAAAUCUGAAAUAGCAAUUUCGUAUUCUAAAUAAUAGUCUAAUAAAGUUGAUAUCGGUUUUUCAAAAAUAAAUUUUUUAGCUUAAGAAACAACUUUACGCAAAGUACUGAUUUAACCAGAAGUUGCACGAAUGUGUCACAGCUUGGCGCUAUAGCUUAGGGAUUUAAGGUUGCUUUUAGGGUUACAUGGAAUAGCUUCUAAGUCUGGCACAUGAUAAACGCAUUUUUUUUCAGUGCAACAUUAAAAA